CUGGCUAGACGUGCCAAGCCGAGACUCUCGGCUUGCUGCUUCAAUCAAGCGCCCAGUCUUAAAUUUGGAUCAGGUGUGGCAAUGGUUACGAUCGCAUGGGCCGCGCGACGCGUGACUGGUAUAGCUCAGGCACAGGGCGCAAGAUGGCAUGCAAAUGGGACGACGGCUGCUGCUUGCAUAGAGCUCUAAUUAAUUGUCCACAGCCUCGCCCGCGGCAUUCAGUGAUUCUUGACGAACGUCCCAUGUCCUGGAAACCUUGUUGGAACUCGCAGCUCACCACUUCGGAGCGCUCGCCGAACAGACGUCAGCUGGCACAUAGGCGGUCAUUUUAGUAUGGCUGAAGAUCUUGAAGGUCACAGCCUCUUCCUACCAUACUGACCCCUUCAUGAUGGGACCUGGAACCGCGCUAGCGCGUCGUCAGUGCGGAAAGCUGCAGUCUUUUGAAGCAGCGGCAACUCCCAGCAAGCU